UGCUACCUGUUUGCUUAUUUCUCUGUUUGGAGGAACAGCAAGUCCUUCCUGGCGUUUGCACUCAUCUGUUUGUCCAACAUGUAUCUGUAUGAACUGAGGAACGUUUGGCAGAUCCUCUUCCACGUGGCCGUGGGGGCCUUCAUGACGCUGCAAAUAAGACUGAGGCAACCACUGGGAAAAGCUCCAGACUACAACGUCUGACAAAAGGACCUGAACAAAACCAACAAACAGACUUUGAUUUGAAGCGUCACACAUCCAGCUGUUCUCGGGACAAUGUGGACACAAAAACAAGCUUCCUAGUCUAGGACCAAGGAAAUAAACUGGUCUCGUUUGGACGCUCUACUACAGGAUGAAUCAUUUCUGGAGCUUAUUGGAUUGAUUUUGGAAGCUGUCAACUCCACCACUGUGUGAUGAAGAUUUAUAGGUUCUUCUGGUGCAGCCAUCAUUUAGGUCACAGUCCUGCAAGCAGAAGGCCUGGUUCUGCAAACCUGUGCACACAGUCCACCUGCAGAGUUAACUGUGACCCAUCACAUCAAAACGAGGAUUAAGUCCAAAAAGUUGUAU